CGGAGCCCUCCGCUGGCCCCUGCAGGUUCCUGGAGCGGCGCCAGGAUGACCCUGAAAGCCUGGAACUGAGCUCGGGGGGGGCGACCCCAACCCCACCGCGUCCCCCCGUGCUGGACUGCACGUUCUGCGGGCUGCCCCGGCGCUACGGGAUCGCCAUCCUGUGCGGGAUCGGCUUCUGCAUCAGCUUCGGCAUCCGCUGCAACCUGGGCGUGGCUGUGGUCAGCAUGGUCAACCCCAGCCACGGACAGCAUGCCCAGUUCAACUGGGACCCCGAGACAGUGGGGAUGAUCCAUGGCUCCUUCUUCUGGGGCUACAUUGUCACCCAGAUCCCCGGUGGCUUCAUCGCCCAGAAAUUCGCUGCCAACAGGUCAGUGUUGGUCAGUCCCCUGAAGUGGGGGGCGGCCCUGAAGUGGAGAGUGGCCCUGCCUGAGAAUGUCACUGUCACCUCUGUGCCUCUCUGCAGGGUGUUUGGGCUGGCCAUCGUGUCCACCUCGGUGCUGAAUAUGCUGAUCCCGUCGGCCGCGCGCACCCACGUCGGCUGCGUCAUUGCCGUGCGCGUCAUGCAGGGGCUGGUUGAGGGUGUGACCUAUCCCGCCUGUCACGGCAUCUGGAGCAAGUGGGCACCGCCCCUGGAGCGGAGCCGCCUGGCCACCACGGCUUUCUGCGGUAUCAGGGCUACCGAUGGGCUCAGGGGGGCUACUGGGGGGCUACAGGGCCACCACGGCCUUUGGGAGAACAGGGGGGACGUGGCACAGGACCUGGGGGUGUCAGGAACCCAAGGUGGGGUAGAGGGACACCUCCCCACCCCCGGUAAUCGGGGUCUGACGGGGUGGGAGCGGCACAUAGGGAUCCCAGGGCUUGCAGACUGGUGUGGGGCUGGAUGGAAGUGGCGGUCCUGGGGUGUCACUGCGUGUCCCCGGCUGUCCCUGGUCACCGCUGUCCCCCCGGCAGGCUCGUACGCGGGGGCG